GCAACGGAUCAGCCUUGGGUCAUGCGCACCACUGCGCACAAUAUCGAAGAAUGCACUGCUCUGGUGGAGUCUUUGCGAGGGAAAGCUGCCAGAGCGUUACUGAACAAGUAACUUUGGGUGUCUUCCCUAGCGCGGCGCUAGCUUAUCGAUUGCAGCGCGGCUGCGGGUGCCAGAAAAAAAGUCCACCACAGAAGCGUUGCAUCCAAGAUACCCUUCCAAUACCCUACAGCGUGCAAGAUGGCCGAGAACAGUCCUUUUAUCAAGAAUCUCGCUUCAAGCGACAAGGAAAUCCGCGACAAUGCGCUCGAUUCACUACGAGCUUUUCUGGGAGGACGAUCAGAAAUCUCGGAGCUUGACUUGCUGAAGCUCUGGAAAGGACUGUUCUACUGCCUGUGGAUGCAGGAUAAACCUGCUCUCCAACAGAGACUUUCGCGCGAUUUUGCCUCAUUAGUUUCGACACUUCGGUCCGGCGUCGCACUACCUUUCAUCCGCGCCUUCUUCCUCACAAUGGCCCGCGAAUGGACAAAUAUUGAAGCUUUACGUCUCGACAAAUACCUUUAUCUCAUCCGUCAAUACAUGAACGCAUCAUUCCAGUAUCUCGCGGCUAAGAAGUGGAAAUCAUCGGUUCUCGAAGAGUUCAAUAGUAUGAUGGAGGAGACACCGCUGAAUCCAACCGACAUGAAGAUUCCAAACGGCCUGCGAUAUCACGUUCUGGAUGUAUGGGUUGAUGAGCUUGAGAAGGUCAACUCUGAUUGGGAUAAUGAGAAGAAACAAAAGAUUUUGGAGACACUGGUACAGCCAAUCGAGAAGCUGGCUAAGGAUGGUGGCCUCAAAGUCGUCAGAGAAGCUGCGAAGGAGCUAUUGGCGGAGGACACAUUGCGGAAAUGGAGAGGGCAAGAGGACGAGGUCAUGGCCGAGUCAGAAGACGAGGAUGAAGAUGAUGCAUGGGGUGGCUUCGAAGACUAGACGCGUGACGUAUACCGUCAGAAAGAGCAAGACAAAAGGACUUCGCAUUUGUUUCAGCGCGGCGUUUUGGCGGACGCAUAUUGAUGCCAAGGGCUUAAAGAGCCAAACUACAGAAAAGGCUCAAGGGGGACAUGCUAUGUG